AUGGAUGUUGAAAAAUGUUUUGUACCUUGUGUUAUGCCUGUUACAAAAUUUCGUUUAAAAGGAUCACAAACGAAGUCAAAAAAGAAGAACCAUUUCUUUUCCUCAAACCUCAAUGUUAUACAGAACUCAUAUCCUCUCUUGCCAAGUUCCGGUCCACGUGAUCGUGACAAUAAUUAUGGUGGAAGACCUGGUUACUACGAUGAAGGAUUUUUGGCUAUUCAACAUGCAGUUGACAUGAGUAUUAUAGAGUAUUUUACCGGCAAAAACCCAGAUGUGUUUUUUUCAGUAGAAAUGCAGCGAAUGCCUUACCCGCCAUUCAUAGAUGAUAAUUACCUGGUGGCAUUACAGGCAUGGCUGCCAUUUGUUCUUCUGUUAUCAUACAUUUAUCCUGCUAUCAAUAUUGUCAAGAGCGUUGUCUACGAGAAAGAAAGAAAACUGAAGGAAUCAAUGAAGAUGAUGGGUUUACAGAACUGGUUACAUUGGUCAGCCUGGUUUAUUAAAUCUUUCAUGUUCCUAGCUACAUCAACAGUUUUCAUCACUGUUCUUCUCUGUACGCACUGGUAGGUAUUUUUGUGAAUAUUUUUGUGCAGCACUACUCUGCAUAAUAAAGCAUGUCAUAUAUUGGUUUGCUAAGGCAUUUGAUUUUUGCUCCGAUUCAAGUUCUAUUAUCAUACAUGCUAACACUCAUGCAUGCAGUAUUCAGCUAUCAUACAUUUAUAUAUAGUGCGCUUUUUUUAGCAGAACUUGCCAGUGUGGUUUAUUUGGCAAGGGUCAUAUUUUCCUAUUUUGCAAUGUUAAUUCAGUCAAACCUCCACAUUCAUUGCAACUUCAUUCACUAAAUUGUCUUUUAUUGAAGGGCUCAUCCACAAAAAAAUUAAGUCAC